UCUCUCUUUCAUGUUUGCAACAUCAUUUAAGUUCAGCAAUGUAUGAGAAUCUAGCAGCCCAGCCUGUGGUUCCAAGACCUCCCUUGAUUCCCCAACCCAAUCCCUUUGGGAAUGUAUCAUAUGGAGCUGGUUCAGCAUUAAUCCAAGGCGGACUUGGAGCAUAUGGAGAGAAAAUCUUGGGGUCAAGCUCUGAAUAUGUGCAAAGCAAUAUAAACAGGUAUUUCUCUGAUCCCCAAUACUAUUUCCAAGUGAAUGAGCAGUAUGUGAGGAACAAAUUGAAGAUUAUUCUAUUUCCAUUCUUACACAGGGGGCACUGGACGAGGAUUACUGAGCCAUUUGGGGGCAGGCUGUCAUAUAAGCCUCCUAUCUAUGACAUAAAUGCCCCAGACUUGUACAUUCCCCUGAUGGCAUUUGUUACUUAUGUGGUUCUCUGUGGUUUCUCAUUGGGUCUUGUUGGGAAGUUUAGCCCUGAAGCUUUAAGCCUGCAAUUCACAAAAGGAUUAUUAGGCUGGUUUCUGCAAGUCAUGGUACUUAAACUAUCAUUGUAUUCAUUGGGAGGUGGAGAAGCACCUUUCCUAGACAUUGUGGCAUAUGGUGGAUAUGCUUUUACAGGUACGUGCCUGGCUGUGCUGGGGAGGAUCAUGUGGAGCUAUGCAUACUAUUUCCUAAUGCCAUGGACAUGCUUGUGCAUGGGUGUCUUCUUGGUGAAGACAAUGAAGCUUGUUCUGUUUGCAGAGGUAAGGAGUUAUGAUUCAAGCAAGCAUCACUAUCAUUUGCUUUUCAUGGCUUUAGUACAGCUCCCUUUUUUCAUCUGGCUUGGCAAUAUUAAUGGGGCAUGAUUUUAAUUUAGUGUAUAUGUUAAUUCUGCUAUG